AUGCAUGUGGCUUUUUUUGCGUGUUGGAGGACGCAGCGCCCACCACUCGCACGACUCACCCCAAUCGCAGCUGCGAGGGGCAUUUCGUCAUCAUCGACACGGCAUGCAUCCGAAGCGGGGGAUGUGCCUUCCGCCGCUCAACCAGCCGAUCGUGCGGCCACGAUUCACGCGAUGGGGAAGGACCCCCCAAUCGCAGCCACGAUGCAAGCGGGCGGCGAGCCAGUCGAUUUCCGUCAAACCGCCAUUCCCAAGCGGCCCUCGGGAAUAAAAGCAACGGAUGUGCUGACACCGCAUCUUUUGUCCACUGCCGCCGAAUCACC